UAUAGUUAUUAAAUUAUGAAUUAUGAGCUGUUUAUUUAUCUUUCAUAUAAAAUAUAUAUUGCAACAAACAUACAAAUGAUAAAAAUAAUGGAAAACGCAUAUGUAAUUUAUAUAUUAAUGAUUUUCGGAAGUUUAUUUUCUAUGUCUAUUCAAUUGGAUUAUGAAAAAUAUGAUUUGUCGGCUGAUAAUAUGGAUAAAGCAAUACGUAGAUUCACCACUUGCUUAUCUGACAAAGGUUUUAUUCAUUUUGUCGAAAAUAAAACAACAGGGUUUGGAAUGGAUCAACAAUUUAGAUCAAAUCUAACUGUUAUUAGAGUAAAGUUAGUUCUAAAUUUUGAAGAAAAAGAUAAAUUAAUAAAUGAAAUUAAUGAUUACAUUUGCAAUCAGCUUCACCCAAUUACUGAACUGCUAGUAUAUGACAAUUUGGAUGGAUGCAAAAAUGUAAUAAAUAAAUGUGGUGAAAUAUUUUGUGAAUACUUAUUUAAACCAAAAAAACCUCAAUCAAAUUUUGAAAAAAGAUUAAUCUCAUAUAAAAAUGCAAUUUUAAAAUUUUCAAAAAACACAAGCUUCAAACGUCUUUUAGGAAACUCUGAUAAGAAAAAAGAGCAGACUUAAAUGGUGCACAAUACAGAUUCUGAAUAGUUUCAGAAUAAUUUACAACAAAACUCUCUAUACAAAUGUUAAAUAAUCAUAAAUUAUAUUUUAUUUGUAUCAAUUAUGACUUUUAUGUACGGGUUUCAAAUGUUAAGACUUUUUUCUUAUACUUCCGAUAAUGCAAUUAAUUUGUUACCUACGUAGAUUAAGUUUCUUAUUUUUUAGAAUUUAAUAUAAUGCUUAAAACCUAAGUGUAACUAUUGAUAAUUCCUUAAUUUUUGCUAUAUUUUUUAUAAUUAUAAAAGAUAUGUCGUAAUAUACUCGUCACUAUCACAAUAUGAAAUAACAGUGGGCUACUUUGUUUGUAUCCACAAUUGUUGUAAUAAUAGUAUUAAUAUGACAAAAGUUAUGUUAUCAUCCUAUUACUCAAAUUAUUGUAUAUUAAAGGAAAAUAUUGUAAACUUUGAUCACAAUUAAACUAUAUGUAAAUAAAAAUAUCUGGAAACACUGAA